AUGAAGGUUAUAUUACAGUAUAUUUUACUUAAAUACGUUUUAAAAUAUUUUGUUCACAAUUGAAAUAGUAUGAAUAAACUAUAUGAAUAUGAUUGGAAAAACUAAACCGUUUAAAUAAAAGAAAAAUGCAGUUUAAUACUAAUGAUACUUCUAAAAGAAGAUUUGAAAUUGAAUGUAAACUUGAAGCUGAACUAGCAUCGUUGGAAACUUUAAAAGAAGCAGAAGAUAAUAGUAAAAAAUUAACUAACAACAUGGUAGCUAUACUUUCUUCUUUAGAAGAUAGAUUAGCUACAUUACGCCGUACUAUACUACCAGUAUAUAAUGAAACUGGCAAUCUUCAAAAUCAACAACAUAAUAUUGAAAGAACACUAACAGUAUUAGACCAUGCUAUUGGAUAUUACGGAGUUUGUCAAGAAGUAGAAAGUUCAGUACGUGGUGGACCUAAUGGAACAGGCGGUUUAGAUGGAUUUCUGGAGGCUAUGAAUCGUCUUUACAAUGCUCAACGAUAUUUUCAAAAAAAUAAUCCUAGUUCCGUAGAAUUAGAAAAUGUUUCAACGCUUUUUGAAAUAGGUCUUGAAUCUCUAUAUGCAGAGUUUCAUGAUAUUUUAGCAAGACAAAGUAAACCAGUAUUACCCAUAGUUCUUUUAGAUUUGAUAGGUUUAGAUGAAGACACAAGCAAUGAAGAUGCUCCACAAUCCUUAUGUCAAUUAUCGGAAAGUACACUAGCAGAUUUAAUUAUGAUAUCAGGAUGGUUAGAAGAAAGAGGACAUCGAAGACAUGCAAAAUUAUAUGCUUCUGUUCGUUCCACAAUUGUUCUCCGUUCUUUACAAUUGAUGAAAGAACAUCAGAGAAGUGCAAGUGGAGGAAGUACACAUGCUGCUAGUCCUAUGCCAAGAACGAAAUUCGCACACCGCCACUCUCUGGGUGUAUCUGAUACAACCAGUCGACGGACAUCGCGUCGAUUGCAACUUGCUCUCGAAAAGAAAGCAAGCAAAAUGCUGCUAAAAGCAUCCCAGACAACGGGAUUGUCCUUUCCCACAUCAAGAAAGCCGACCACCAGCCCCUCGAGUCAUUCAACUGAGGACUCUGCCCCAGAUGAGCAGGAAAUGGAUAAUUAUUUAUUGUUAGCUGCAAGCUUGCACAAGCUCAUGCAAGCCGAACGCACACUUAUCGGCCGAAUUUUACCUACAUCGUUACAACUACAAGUGCUUGAGGCAACGGUCCGCGAUGCCAUGGAUCUUGUCGCACACGAUGGUGAAAAUAUUGCCGCAAGAGCCAAAAGAUGCAUUACCAAACGUGACUUCUCGGCCGUUCUCGUUGUUUUCCCCAUUUUGAAGCAUCUAGAGGAACUCAAGCCGGAUCUCGAGAGGACUGUCGAAGGCUGCGAGUACGCACUCAGAUCUAAAUUUGCAUCAGUUAUUCAGACACUCACCGACACAGGUGCUCAAGCUUUAGAAUGUUUUGGAGAAAAUGUACGAAAUGAAUCUGGUGCAAUUUUGCCUAAAGAUGGAACUGUCGCAGAAAGCACAAGCAAUGUACUUGUUUUUCUUGAACAACUAACGGAAUAUGCAGAUACAGUAGGUAUUGUUCUUAAACGUCACAGUGACACUGAUUCCACUAAUGCUACAAGUACUAAACAUUCUGAAGGGCAACAUAGAAUUGCUUUAGGUCUUUAUACAAAGAGAGUGCUAGCCCUUCUAAAUCUGGCACUUGUGAGUAAAAGCGACACGUCUUAUUCCGAUCCAGCGCUUCGUGCUUUAUUCCGUUUGAAUAAUCACAAUUAUGUGAUUAAUGCUUUGAGAAGAAGCUCUCUUAUGGAAUUACUUUUAUUAGCCGAACCAACCGCUGAACAGACGUAUCAAGAUUUACUUGCACGCGAUCGAGCAAAUUAUGUUACCUCCACCUUUGCUAAAACUCGUAGUCAUAUUGAAAAUCACAAUGACGAACCAGGAAUGAAGGUUCUAAAGGAACGGUUUUCUGGUUUCACACGAGAAUUCGAUGAGGCCGCAAAAUUCCAUCGAAGCUAUGCUGUACCAGAUGCGCGUAUGCGUGAAGAAUUACGCAAAGAAUUGCGUCAAUCUAUCGUCCCGACAUAUACAACUUUCUAUCACAAGUAUAAAAACACCUCGUUUUCUAAAAAUCCAGCUAAAUACGUCAAAUACAGUCCUGAGCAAGUAUCUACUGCUAUCGACACAUUUUUCGAUACAGCUGCUUAAACCCUAAGGCGAUGGCAAAUUAAGAGCCACCAAACUACUACAACAGAAAAAUAUAACGCGUUAUUUCUUUUCAAUUCUUAAUGUUUUUCUAUAUACAUUACCAUUAAAUCCUACAUCAAUCCUUCUUAAUUUAAGAUUCAUUUAUUACAGUUAUAUAUUUGAAAUUUUCAGUUUUAAGAUGCAACAAUAU